UUAUUCUUCAGAUUUCCUGUUUAAAUUCUUAGUUAUUGGAAAUGCUGGAACGGGCAAGUCCUGUUUACUUCAUCAGUUUAUUGAGAAGAAAUGUCUGUAACAAGAAGUUACUACAGAGGUGCAGCAGGUGCUUUGCUUGUCUAUGACAUUACCAGCCGAGAAACCUACAACGCACUUACUAAUUGGUUGACAGAUGCAAGGAUGCUAGCAAGUCAAAAUAUUGUGAUCAUUCUGUGUGGGAACAAAAAGGAUCUUGAUGCAGAUCGUGAAGUUACUUUUUUAGAAGCAUCCAGGUUUGCACAAGAAAAUGAACUGAUGUUUUUGGAAACAAGUGCACUAACCGGAGAGAAUGUCGAAGAGGCCUUUGUACAGUGCGCAAGAAAAAUACUAAAUAAAAUUGAAUCAGGAGAACUGGAUCCAGAACGGAUGGGCUCAGGAAUUCAGUAUGGAGAUGCUGCCUUGAGACAGCUGAGAUCACCACGUAGAGCACAAGCUCAAAGUGCUCAAGAAUGUGGCUGUUAAAAAAAGCAAAACAAAACAAACUGACCACUUAUUCUAGAAACAAAAGAUGUCCAUGCACUUGGUGUUUGUAGCAACAACUGACACAGCUUGAAGGUGGUGCAGUUUUUUAAAACAUCUUUACUACUGUAUGAACAGAAAAGCCACUGCUGGAAAAACUGUACUGUAAGGUGACAGGCAAGAAUGUGCAUAUGACACACUACAAAACAAACCUGACUAUUCAGUGGACAAUACUGAGACUCUCACCUAUAUGUAAACAUUCUUCUGUUUAAUAUUUGUCACCUUUAGUUUAAAGUAUUGCUGUAUACUGUAUAUAAUGUAACAGUUUCCAAAGCAUGAUAGACUUAUGUUUGAUACAAUAAAUGUUGCACUAAAAGCAAUUAUUUUAUUUUUUUAAUCAUUAACUAAAACUUGUUAACUGGGUUAGGUUUUAUCAUGUUUGUGUUAAUUGCACAUUAGGUUGCGUUCAUGACCUGAAAUACAAGCCACUGGCACUGUCAGUGAUUUUCCUACUUAACUACACUUGCCACAUUCUGUGAGGUGUUUACAUGACAUUAAGUACAGUUAAGACAUUACUUGUCAAAUUUGGCAGGGGCAUUUUUACUGAAGUGCAUCUAUCCUGUUUUCUGACAUUCUUAAAUAAUUUUCUCUCAAAUGUAUUUUUCCUAACUUUUAGGUUAAAAAUGCUACUGCUAAGUUUCUGAAAUGACUACUGUCUGAUUGUGGAAAUUUCCUCUGGAUCUCUUCUUUCCCCUUUUUUUACUUCUGUUAUAUAGAAGUAGGUCAGUUGGGUUGAUUUGACAAAACUGUAUCUUCUACUUUAAUAAAUCUAGUGCUACAUGAGAUCAUGAUUUCUUGUGAGAGCCAUGUCUGUAAGGUAUUAACUUAGUCUUGUUAUAGUGCACUUCUAACAAAAUCCUUUAACUACUACUAAAGUAAUCUUACAGAAAGCAGUGGAUGCUGCUAAAAUACAUAUCUGUUCAAUGAGACCGAGUGUUUCAAAUGUACAUUAAGAGGAAAUGCAAUCACCUAUGCUGAAUGUAAUUUAAUUAUUACAGUAUUUAGGUUUUGAUGGUCCUAAUUGGAGGGUCUAUUCAUGCAAGCCACCCACUCCAAGGAAUACUCCUCUCUGCUGUCAGACCCUACUGAAGGUAUUCAUGGUGUUGGGAUUUAUAUACAUGAGAAAAUGGGAUAAAGGUGGCCCAUUUCCAUGUUCUUUUCACCCCCUGGAAACCAUUAGGUGAUAUUUGCUUUAGUGCAGAGUUGUUUAGGAUGUUAGCACCACCCUCCAGUCCUAUUGAUUGGGGGGGGUGAAACAGCCAGCCCAGGAAAUCCCAUUGUCAUGAAUCCAUUAGAACUAUACUAAGGAAGUGGGGGAGAAUCAAAUGACAGCAUGAAGCCUAGGUGUCUCAAUCACAUCACUGGAGUGGUGGGGAAAUCUACUUAAGUUUUGUAUUGCCACUUUUGUGGAGUAGGGACACUUCUAUCACAUUCCUGUCAGAAAGGCUUCUCAUGAAUGUAAGUCCCGAAUAACUACUUUGAGCUUACACUACAUUCUAACUGAACAGGAUUUGGUCCUAGAAACCUAGCAGCAUAGAAAAUUACUUCAGUUAAACAUCUGUAUUACAAUUUCCUGGGCUAAAACUGCACUAUGUAGGCUACCUAAAUCCUCAUUUGUUAAAGGAAAUGAGCAUAAUGUGUCAGAACUAAAAAAACCUGAUUUAUGGUGCUAUAUUUCCAGAAGGCAUUAAUACACAGCACAGCUAGAGUGCUUGAGGUAGAUAAGAUACUAAGGCCCCUCAAUGGAGUUUUAAUCAUACAUUUAAAAAUAUCCUGUGGGGAGGCUUGGUUCUGUUUUUUCCCCCAAAGUUGUGGCUCUGAGUCUAAACAAUGUAAAAGCAAAAGGAUUAAACUGAAUCGCUUUAUAUCAUAGUAUAGGAAAAUCUACCUUUGAAGUCUUGCAUGCCAUUAUAAAGUUACUUGGGUUAUAAGGUCUCUCUCAAAUUGGUCACAUGAAAUACUGGAUUUACCUAAUGUGUAGAAAAGAGGCUCAUAUUACUCGAGGAAUUCUGCAUGACAAUUCUACAUGCAAUAUUUUAUAAUUCUGCAUAUUUUGUCAGAGCAGCUUCAAUUGUUGAGAUAUUUAUUUCGAGAUACCCACUGCAACUACCUGUAUCAAUGCAGAUGACAAAACAAGAUUCAGGAAAUGAUGACAGAUUUCUUAAUGGGUAUAUUAAUAGAGCAUAGUGAAUAAUUCAUUUAAACUACAGCACACCCAUACUUCUUGCGUGAGUCAGGAGUAAUGGCAGAGCUGAGGGAGACAAGUAAUUACAGGGAAGGAUCUGGAUGUGAACACUAGAGUUGAGUGGCUUUUUGGAGGGUGUGCAGAGGGACCACUGACUCCUCUCAGCCAUCCUCCUUUCCAUGUGGGCCUGUGCCUCCACUUCCAGUCUGUCCUCCCCUGCUGUGCCUUAUGAGCACCCCUGUCUAACCACUCCAGCAGCCCCCAUACUGACUUACCAUAUCCUGACCUGUAGUGAAGAUGAUAGGCUCUUUCUCUUCCCUAUACUGGCUGGGGCUGGCCAGGAACAGCAACUGUUCUACUGCAACAGUGCUGCCUAGUGGACAAAAGGCAGAACUGAAGCAACUUUUUCAGCAGAUGCUAUCUGUAUAUGAAACAUGCACAGUGGUGCAGCAUUCCCCCAGGAAUAUUAUGACAAAUGUGUUAUGCCUCACUAGCCCUGGGCUGAACACAGCAUUUCAAAGCAGCAGUGCAGCAUGGCACUUAAGGUCUCCCCCACUGACCUUAGGCUCCAUAUGGCACUGCUACUUUGAAAUGCCAUGGGGGAAGCAUGGGGCCAGUAAGGGCCCUGUGCUCCCUGCCAUGCUUUUGCCUUUCAAGUGUAGCAACACCCCUGGACUGUUGCUACACUUGAAAGUCAGAAGCCCCCUUAUUGACACAUUGCAUUGACUGACUAGUCUAUUAACCAAAUUGAAUUUUCGCAUCCCUAAAAUAGAGAAAACUGCCGCCCUGAUACUGCAUUUCAAAGUCUAAAAUAAUGCCAACAAACUCAAAUAUCACCCUUGAUCCCAAUUCCUGGGUUGUCUUCCAAUGCAUAAUGUGGGAGUGCUUUCUACCACUGCCCCUCUGUUUCUCCUCCCCACAAGAGAAUGUAGUCAAGGAGUUUAAUAUAGCAUACUUGGAAGAAACUGCUAAAGACUUUGCCUGCCUUUUGAUCCCAAACACUACUGAUGGUAGUUCAGUGGGAUACAUUAUCAUCUUACCCUGCUUCUCAACUUUAGCAUUUGUAUCCUGCUUUCCACAACACCAAACAGCAGCUAACUGUGAAGUGUCUAUCCCAUUUUCACCUUUAUGCCUUCUAUUCAACUUUUUGGUUGAUGGUGGGAAAAGGAGAAGGCUGCCUGACCUAGUUUUGAAAUGUAGUGUAAGCCAUGAUAUCUCUUUCAUGGCAGGUGAAACUUUAAUGGAGUAGCUUCCUAUUAUCAGCACCCUUAACUCGGUUUGCAUAAUUCCAAGGUUCUCUAACUAUUGCUAAUUGUAUUGUGGCCUCAGGUAACUUUCUCUGCCCUCAUUUUCCUUUACUCUGUAACAGGAAGAAAAGAGUGGCAGUUACCUUCACUGUUAAGGACCAAGAUUCUUGUUCUUUCCAACUAAGACUGAAACUAACUGAUCCAGCUUUGGUUUGAGUGACAAAACUAGUGCCCUGCCAUUUAUGUACAAAACUGAUAGUACUAAUAGAGUUUACUUGAAUAGUUGGGUCAAUUAUCUGGAACUAAAAAUAAGCUAAGCACAACUUUUUUCCUGUAAUCAAUUAUCUUAAGCUUCCAGACUCCCUUGCUGUAAUAAGCUACUUAUUCUACAGUAAGCCUUAGUAUAUAUGCUUGAUUUAACAUCUAAGUGUUUCUAAAAAUAAGGUAUUCAGACAGUGCACAUUAACACAGUUAAAGUGCAUGACAUAAGAUUAACUGUGGUGCAUAUUUCAUUUUAGCGACCAGUUGGUACUGGGAAGCUUUGGGAAAAAUUUAAUCAUGACAGAGGGUAGCUCUCCAGAGCAUGUAGAGUAAAUAUUUAUUAUGCCACAGUGCUAGACUUGAAGUUGUUAAAUGUUGUUCCAGGAACAUCACACAGAUUAGUUCAGGUUUGGCUCUAAAAUGUUAACCAUAUGUGUUACAAACCAGAUUCAUAGGUAAAGACUACAUUUGUCAGACCCCUUACCUUUCCUAUACAUAAUGGCAUGCAUUCCAUGUACAGUGAAGCUUAUCAAAGCUUUCCUACCACACUGGGACAUCUGAAAUCUGUAAUUCAUUGUUCAUGGACAUUUUAGCUAAACCUCCAAACUUUAAAUAUUUUAUAAAAGUCCUAUGUUCAGUGUGUUGCUGCACUAUGCCAUUAUAUUUGAUGCUUGUAUCUAAUCUUGAAUAAAGUUUUCUGAAGAGUCAUA